GAGCUGAAAUGAUGACCAGCUUGUGUUCAUGGCGUGACGUAGGUCAGCGUUAGGGCGCUUUCCUGAUUCAACUCAACGUAACGGUUGAGGGACAUAAAUAAUACACGUAUAUAUUAAACAUAAAUAUAUAUUCCAGUCGAAAAGGGAGGGGAGAAUGAAGCGGCGCAAUGCGGACUGCAGCAAACUCCGUCGCCCGUUAAAGCGGAGCCGUAUCGCCGAGGGAAUUCACGGCAGCAGCUACAGUUUGUUCCUGGCCUGCUGAAAGUGUAUAAACUGGUGCAAAAUGAAUACCAGAAAUAAGCUCCCGUACUUUCCUUUACCUGAAGUUCCUGCUCGUGUGGGCCCUGGUGCUGCUGGCAGAUUUUGUCCUGGAGUUUCGCUUUGAGUAUUUGUGGCCUUUCUGGCUCUUUAUCAGGAGUGUGUAUGACUCCUUCAGGUACCAGGGACUGGCGUUCUCUGUGUUUUUUGUUUGUGUUACGUUCACGUCAGACAUCAUAUGCCUGCUGUUCAUCCCUAUGCAAUGGCUGUUUUUUGCCGCCAGCACUUAUGUUUGGGUACAAUAUGUAUGGCACACAGAGCGAGGUGUGUGUCUGCCCACGGUCUCUCUGUGGAUUCUCUUCGUCUAUAUCGAAGCCGCCAUCAGAUUCAAAGACCUGAAAAAUUUCCACGUGGGCCUGUGCCGUCCAUUUGCCGCUCACUGCAUCGGCUACCCGGUGGUGACUCUGGGCUUCGGCUUUAAGAGCUACGUGAGCUAUAAGAUGCGCCUGCGGAAGCAGAAGGAGGUGCAGAAGGAGAACGAGUUUUACAUGCAGCUCCUGCAGCAGGCCCUGCCUCUAGAACAGCAGAUGCUACAGAGGCAGGAGAGGGAGGCAGAGGAAGGAACCUCUAAAUCCAUGUUGGAAGCAGAUCCGACGCUUUUGGCUCAGAACGGCACCAAGAAGCUGCCCAUAUCUUUCCCCGAGCUGGAGCAUCGGGCCAAGAAACAGCACCAGCACAGCAUAGGAAUAAACAACAACAUCCUACACACUGUGGAGUCGAAGCUGCAGGACAUUGAGUACAUGGAGAACUAUCUGAGCAGCAAGAGACUGAACAACGAGCUGAACGGCUGCACGGAGGACGUGGGUGGCACAGAUGCAAGCUCCGCCUCCUCCUCCAGACAUUACAAAAAUUCCUCCCCACGCAGCCACAGCUCCACCAAUGGCAGUGUGCCAUCCUCGUCCAACAGGAACGAGAGGAAGCAGAAGGGUGUAGGGAAGAAUGCCCAUCGAGAGCUGAUGGAGAACUGUAUACCCAACAACCAGCUCAGUAAACCGGAUGCUUUGGUGCGUCUGGAACAGGACGUAAAGAAGCUGAAGGCGGAUCUGCAGGCGAGCCGCCAGCUGGAGCAGGAGCUGCGCUCUCAGAUCAGCUCUCUGAACAGUGCCGAGAGGAACACUCGCUCAGAGCUGGGCCAGCUCCGCCAUGAGAACGAGCUGCUCCAGAACAAGCUUCAUAACUCAGUGCAGUCCAAGCAAAAGGACAAGCAGACCAUCACUCAGCUGGAGAAGCGGCUGAAGUCCGAGCAAGAGGCACGGUCGGUGGCUGAGAAGCAGCUGAAUGAAGAGAAAAAGCGGAAAAAGGUGGAGGAGGCGACGGCUGCCCGGGCUGUCGCUCUCGCUGCUGCGUCCAGAGGGGAGUGCACAGAUUCCCUGAGGAGUCGAAUUCGAGAGCUGGAAUCCGAAUGUAAGAAGCUCUCCCACGACCUGAAGUUUAAAGAAGAGCAGCUCAGAGAGCUGGAGGGCAAAGUGCAGGAAUUGCGCAAGUACAAAGAGAACGAGAAGGACACAGAGGUCCUCAUGUCGGCACUGUCGGCCAUGCAGGAUAAAACGCAGCACCUGGAGAACAGCCUGAGUGCCGAGACCAGGAUCAAGCUGGAUCUCUUCUCAGCGCUGGGAGAUGCCAAAAGGCAGCUCGAGAUUGCACAAGGUCAGAUCUUGCAGAAGGAGCAGGAGAUCAAGGAGCUGAAGCAAAAGAUAGCCGAGGUCAUGGCCGUCAUGCCCAGCAUCGCAUAUUCGUCCGACUCCAACAGCAUGCCUCCUAUUUCACCUCACUACUCAUCAAAGUUUAUGGACACGAGUCCAUCCAGCCUGGACCCCAAUGCGUCCGUCUACCAGCCACUUAAAAAAUGACCCUAUGUUUUGUUUUUGUUUUUGUUUUUUCUGAAUUGACCAGGAUCAGUAUGCAUACCUCCUUAAGAGUGUUGUUUUUUUUUUCUUUUCUUUUCUCCCCAUGUCCUUUCAGUAAUCUGUAAUGUGGUGUUGAUUAAACUACAGGAGAAAAUGGAACAGUUCGAGAUUAAGACAACUUGGUUUGGAUUUUAUGAUUGUUCAGUUAAGGUGCUAUGGCCUACUUUUAAUGCACAGAGUUUGUCUGUCUGCAUUUUUGUGUUCACUAUAAAUGCCAGCAAGAGUGGCACAGUUUUGUGUUAGAAAAUAAUUAUUACUUCAUUUGAUUAUUUUACCAUAAAAGAAGAGUAUUCAUGAUAAGUUGUGAUUUCUGUAUCAAGGUGCUGUGUCUGAAACCUGUUUCCAUUUAAUUAUAACCACAGUAUUGCCAUUUCUCCUGGAACCAAGGAGCUGUAAUUGGUUGUUUUCAGUUUUCCUUGGGAAAAUUCAAAUACUCUGUUCUUUCCCAGAGCAUCUCCAAAUUUUUCAUUCGCCCGCGUUGUUGACGAGGUUCAGAAGAGACUGAUUUUGAUGUAUUUGUUAAUUAUAUGCUGCAUAAACUUUUUGCGAAUACAUAUUGUAUUUUGCCCUCAAAGCAAUUCCUCUUUGUAACCGGACCAAAACUGAAAUUUAGCUUGUAUGCAGAAACACACAAAGUGGGGAUAGCUGAUCGAUUUCCAGUCAUUGUUUUAAUGCAGUGCCUUGAAUCUUUUCAGUUUGAAGUAAUUUAAUUCAUGACCUGGACUGCUUCUCCCUUGCUCAACCUGACGAUCCUGUGUCACAUGGACAAUGUUUUUUUUUCCCCCCACCCUCACUCAGUCACAGUACUUCUUUGCAUUAUGCUUUGGAUGAUGCUUUGGAUUUUAUUUGUCCAACAGGUAGAGAUGUCACAGUAUUAUCACUGAAAACAAGCAACCUCAUUUUGUCAGUUACAAAAUGGCCCCUCUAGUUUUAGAUUCCUUUUCCAUAGAAAGAGGUACCGACUUGUUUACGACAUGCAAUGGUGUAACCUUGUGCUGAAUGUUCUCAUUUUAAUCAUAAGUGCCAAGUACUUUCUCCAUAUAGAGUUUGCCAUAACCAAUGUGCACAGUAUGUGUAUUCUCUUAACAGGCCUAAUUUCUUAUGUGACUACUCAGACAUUUGCCUCAUGCAACAGCCAUGUUUGGGUUUGAUCUCAUUUUGCAACAGGGAUGAUUUAUAAAAUUCUAAGGCUAUCAGGCAUCUUCACCCAGAUAGCACAUUAUAAAACUAAGAUCACAAAAUAUUCUAUUUUAAUUGUUCCCUCGUCCACUUUUUUCUUUUACUUUUUUCGCCUUCAGAAAAAAGUAUUUCUGUGGAUUGUAAUGGAAUUGUACCUUUAUUUGGGGGGUAACUUUGUGGAGAGUAAAGACUAAAGCACUUGU